GAUUUUCCCAUUAUUGAUCCUAUUGUAGAACUUAGGAGGUGAAGCAUGAAUCGUCCCCAUAUCAGUCCAAGAUUCAUUCGAUUGCUUACGUUUUCUGCUUUUCUUACCCUUCUGAUCCUAUGGGAGCUGGCCUAUGCUGAUCCUCCUUAUAGGUUUUGUCCUAACACAAGUGCUAACUAUAGAGACGACAGUCCAUUUAAAAAUAACCUUGAACAACUCCUGAUCUCUUUAUCCUCAAAUGCUUCUUCUUCCAAAUUCUAUAAUACCUCCACAGGAAAUGAUACAGAUAGAGUUUAUGGUGCCCACAUGUGCCUCAAUUAUAUCACAAAUGAAACCUGCCGGGACUGCAUAGCAACCGCUACAAAAGACAUUUUGACGCUUUGUCCAUACACAAGGGAAGCAGUUGUAUGGGAGGAGCUAUGCCAGCUGCGCUACUCCAACCAAAAUUUCUUUGGCCAAGUGAAUGUUACAGGAAACAUCCUCGGCCUAGAUAACGAACAGAAUAUUUCCCAACCAGAACAGUUCAAAUCUGUUGUUAAGGAGACUUUGAAUAACCUUACGACGGAGGCAGCAGCUUUCAAUCUUUCAGCAAAAUUAAUGUAUGCUACCGGAGAGGCAGCCUUUGAGGAUAAAACAAUAUAUGCUCUCGUGCAGUGCACAAGAGACUUGUCCGGUGAUGGCUGUAAUUCAUGCCUUCAGACGGCCAUAACUGAUGUAUUAAAUUGCUGCUAUUUCUCUAUUGGAGCAAGACUUCUUAGUCGUAGUUGCUACUUGAGGUAUGAGUUAUACAGCUUUUAUGGGGACACAUCUAAAUCUCCAAGUUCAACUAAUGAUCAAGGGGCAAGCGGUGGAAAGAAAAUGAGGAUCAUCAUUACCCUCAUGGUUGUAUCAGCCUGCUUUGCGCUAGUGCUUUUUGCUUGCUUCAUUUAUUGCCUUGUGAACAAAAAGGCUAUAAAACGGGUGAGAAAAGGUAUCAGUCGACAAGCAAAUACUAGAAUCGAUGCAGAUUUUCCACGUAUUGAUUUUGCGUCAAUACAAGCAGCUACUGACAACUUCUCUGAUUCAAAUAAGCUUGGUGAAGGUGGUUUUGGUCCUGUUUACAAGGGUAUCCUAAGUGAUGGAAAGGAAGUAGCGGUAAAGAGGCUCUCCUGCUGUUCCGAGCAGGGUUCAGAGGAAUUCACAAAUGAGGUUCUACUAAUAAUGAGGCUUCAACACAAAAACCUCGUCAAGCUUCUUGGUUUCUGCAUAGACGGAGAGGAAAAGCUGCUUGUUUAUGAAUUCAUGCCCAACAGAAGCCUAGAUGUCUUUCUCUUUGAUCGAAGUAGACGCGCACAAAUUGAUUGGAAUAAACGAGUUAAUAUAAUAGGUGGAAUUGCAAGAGGAGUUCUUUAUCUUCACGAGGAUUCUCGACUCAGAAUCAUUCAUAGGGACCUAAAAGCAAGCAAUGUGUUAUUGGACUACGAAUUGAACCCCAAAAUCUCAGACUUUGGAAUGGCAAGAAUCUUUGCGGGAACCGAAGGUGAAGCUAAUACCGCCCAAAUUGCAGGGACUUAUGGGUACAUGGCUCCAGAAUAUGCUAUGCAAGGAAUGUAUUCUAUUAAGUCAGAUGUAUUUAGCUUUGGAGUGCUCUUGAUUGAGAUUAUAACUGGGAGAAGAAAUGCUGGCUUCCAUAGAACAAAACGUGCUCCUAGCCUCGUUGCAUUUGCAUGGACACUAUGGAACGAAGGAAAUCCUGUUUUGGAGUUAAUGGAUCCUUUGUUGAAGGAGUCGUGCAGCCCGGACGAAUUUCUAAGAUAUUUGCAUAUUGGAUUAUUGUGUGUUCAAGAAGAUGCAAAUGAAAGGCCAACCAUGUCAUCUGUCGUUGUAAUGUUGAAAAGUGACAGUACUACAACGUCUCUUUGCCAACCUCAACGACCUGCCUUUUCUGUGGGCAGAUUCACUGGUCACUGCAAAACAAGUUGUCCAAGCUCUCUCUCCGUCAAUGGCUUGUCGAUUUCCAAUAUUGGGCCACGAAGAGAGUAUUCUGACCGACACAAGUUGUGCUUGAUCAGAUGUCAGGUUAAUUACCUUCCUUCUCCACUACCUUUUGGCCACUGUAAUCAUAUGCAUCCUAUGAUCAUGUUCAACCAUAUUUGGAAGACGGAUAAGAAAGAUGCAUUAUUGGGUAUGCUUUUGUUGGUUAUACCGCUUUUGAUGCGCCCUAUGCUUUCGGCCACGCCGGCCAGUGGGGAUCCUCUCUAUACCUUUUGUAACACAGAGUUCUCGAUCAAAAACUACGAACUCAACAGCCCAUUUGAAAACAACCUCAAGCUCCUCCUCGGGUCUCUGCCUUCCAAAACUUCAUUGACAGGUUUCUACAGCACCUCCACUGGAGAUCAGGACUCAGACAGAGUCUAUGGACAGGCGCUUUGUAGAGGAGAUGUCAACUCCACAGUUUGUCGGAAUUGUAUACAGACUGCAACCAAGGAAAUCUUAAAGCAGUGCAGAAGUAAAGAUGCUAUGAUAUGGUUUGAACUCUGUCAAGUUCGCUACUCCUUCCAGAACUUCUUUUCCUUGAUGGUUUAUACUGGGAAGUAUCCACAGCAGAAUCAAAUGCAGAAGAAUAUAUCAAAUCCAGUUCAUUUAGAGCAAGUUUUAACGUACUUAAUGAAUAACAUCUCGAACGAGACUGCGUUUGAUCCCUCUACACGCAUGUUCGCAACUGGUGAAAUUAAAUUCUCAAGGAAGAAAACAAUCUAUGGUCUUGUACAAUGUACUGGGAACAUCUCAAAUGAGUCCUGUUCUAACUGUUUGCAGUCUGCCUUUGGAGAGCUUCAGGAAUGCUGUUUUUAUCGGCAAGGUGGAAUUAUUGUUAGCAGGAAUUGUAAUAUGAGGUUUGAACUGUACCGAUUCUACAACGCCUCAAGUUUUCACUUGACCCUCCCAGCUUCUCAAGGGGCUAGAUGGAAGAGUUGGAUGCUUGUGGUGGUUACGUGCAUACCACUCGCAGUUUUAGCUGUUCUUAUUGGAUCAUGUGCGGUUAAUUAUCAUUUGCGGAAGAAGAGAAGGCAAAUAGAUGACGAUAAAAGCCAGAAAGCACUGUUACAUGAGCUGGCAAGCCCCACCGGCGUUGCCAUUACACAAGAGGGUGAAUUGGUAAGCUCGGAAGACCUACAUUUCAUGAGUCUGUCAACAAUAAUGGCAGCUACGGAUGACUUUUCUGAGUCAAAUAAGCUCGGCCAAGGUGGCUUUGGCACUGUCUACAAGGGAGUGCUAGAAGAUGGGAAGGGAGUAGCGGUUAAAAGGCUAUCAAGGAAGUCAUGGCAAGGCUUAGAGGAAUUUAAAAAUGAGGUCAUACUCAUUGCACGACUUCAACAUAGAAACCUUGUGAAGCUCUUGGGAUGUGCCAUUGAGGGACAGGAAAAGCUUCUUGUGUACGAAUUCAUGCCCAACAGAAGCCUUGAUUUCUUUAUAUUUGAUCCGGAGAAACGCAGUCAGCUUGACUGGAAGACAUACGGUAACAUUAUUGUUGGUAUUGCGAAAGGACUCCUUUAUCUUCACGAGGACUCUCGACUUAAAAUAAUUCACAGGGAUCUAAAGCCAAGUAAUGUAUUACUGGACCAUGAAAUGGUCGCCAAAAUAUCAGAUUUUGGCAUGGCAAGGAUCUUUGUUGAGAACCAGAACACUGCAAACACUAGGAGAGUCGUCGGAACAUACGGAUACAUGGCUCCUGAGUAUGCAAUGGAGGGACUAUUUUCUGUUAAAUCUGAUGUUUUCAGCUUUGGAGUCAUCUUGCUUGAGAUUAUUAGUGGCAAGAAAAAUAGCAGCUUCUACUUGACCGAGCAUGCCCAGACACUCCUUGCAUACGCAUGGAGACUUUGGAAUGAAGGGAAAGAAAUGAAGUUUGUGGAGCCUGUGUUGAUGGAGUCCUGCUUGACUACACAACAAAUUAAGAAAUGCAUGCAUAUCGGGCUAUUGUGUGUACAAGAGGAUCCAGCAGAUAGACCCACAAUGUCAUCUGUCGUAGUUCUGUUGGGAGACGAAUCAAUAUUACCACUUCCUAAACCAAAACAGCCUGCACUUGCUAUGGGUAGAAUCGUUCAGCAGAUUGCAGAUCCUUUUCCCGUCACAAAUCCUUCUGUAAAUGGGCUUACCGUUUCCAGUCUUUCUCCUCGUUGAACACCGGCAAGAUUUCCUUUUUCCGUGCAAUCGAUCUCAUGUAAUUUGUAAACUAACUCAAAAAGAAAAAAAAAAGAAAAAAAAAGAGACAUGUUUGUAACUGAGAAAGUUUUCAUAAUUUCUGCAAAUAGGAAAUGGGUGCAAAAGUUUGCGUAUCAUGUGGAGGAAUUAAUUCCUACAUUAAUGAUAUCGUAUAUGUGUAGGAUAAACGUCAAUGGUAGUUUUUAUUUCAAAAUAAAGCUGGUGUUCUCGAAUAGAAUUGAGGCUUUGAUCAGCAUGAUGCCAAAAAGUAAUACAUGGGAAGAGAGAAAGAAAAGGAACUUUCAGUA